UUAGGUGUAAAAUAUACCCACUACCUUCAUUGUCAAGAUCAGCAGAUAUUUUCCGCGACCAUGGAGAAUAAAAAUGUCGGCGGAAAAAUGAAAAUUGAUGUUCAUGUGCAAUUCUAUUCAAUAUGGAUGUGAUAUACCACAGUGGGUAUACAUUCACAAUACAUAAGUCACACAAUGGCGAUGGACGGUAACAACCCGUAUGAGCUGUCGGUGAAUGAAGAUGACGCACAGAUCGUCAAGCUUCAUUUUGAAGAGAAGGGAUACAGAGGAUUGGACAAGGCCUUGAUGAAAAGACGAGACCAAUGGGUGGACGUUCCUAUCCACGUGGCAAUAUUCGGGAGCUCCGGGGCGGGAAAAUCAAGUUUCAUCAAUGUCAUUAGAGGGCUGAAAGAAUCAGACAAAAAUGGUGCUGAGCUCAACGUUGGGCAGACGACAAUUGAGCCUAUUCCGUAUUCACAUCCAAACAAACAUUACCUGAAAUUCUGGGACCUUCCUCAGCUUGGUUCACGUGCAUUUUCAAAAGACUUAUAUCUAAAAAAUGCGAAUAUAAACAAAUAUGAUUAUUUCUUGAUUUUCACAAAGUCUACGUAUUCAGAAGAUGACUUCUGGUUUGCGCAUCAACUUCAGGCACUGAACAAGAAGUGUUACUUUGUGUGUACGCAUAUGGACAUAGUUGUUGACUCUGCACUGAAGGAGGACUUAAACGCAGACCAAAGGGAAGUUAAAAUUCGAGUGUUAACUGCCAUUAGGGAUCGACUUCACAAGACUAUAAAAGAUCAGAAACUCAAAGUGGACUAUGUAUAUCUCAUUACCACAGCGGAUGUUCGGAAGUAUGACUUUCCAAAGCUAGCCCUAAGACUUAUUGUGGAUCUGACGGGCAGAAAGUGGGAGGCAAUGGCACUUACUCUCAAAGUGUUCGCAGAGGAUGUUAUCAAACAAAAGCGAAGAGCACUACAGAAAAGAGUAUGGAUUAUAGCGUUGAUGUCUGGCCUCGAGCAUGCCAGCCAUUACUAUGGAUUACAGUUCGAUGUUGACAUUGAACCAGUGCUUGAAGAAGCACAGGAGUAUCGCCGUCAAUUCUGCCUGGACGAAGCAUCCAUCUACCGCCUUGCACGCUCCAUAGAUACAUCUGUUGAAAGCAUCAAAAAGGCUUCGUCGUUUAAAACGAACUACGCGCAGCUGGAGGAUCGCGGGCUGGUUCAACAGUACAAGACACUGAGUGUGUACGAUGUCUCUGAUGGUAUAACCAAGAGCUUUUCUCCCAUUCUUGGCAAUCUUGUUUCAGGCUCAUCUCCAUUUGGAGCAACGUAUUUUGUGUUGAACAGACUCCUUGACACAAUGGAGACGGAUGCAUUAAGGAUGAUAGAGUAUGUGAAAUACAGAGGGGCCGAGUUGUAACGAUGUAACGAUGAGAGUGUAAUGGGUAACUAAAAUUGUGAUGUUGCAAUCAAGAUUUGAUUCAUGAUCAUUCACAGUAGCUGGUAUUAUAUAUUAUAUUGACAUAUGCCCAUUUAUAAAUAUUUCUUUGAUGUAUGACCAUUUAUCACCAGUAUGUCGCCUGACUGAUUGUUUAUAUAUAAAUGUUGACAUUAGCAUAGUUAAACGUUAACAAAUUUUCUCAUAAGCCGAAUGCCAUUUCUUUCAUAUUGAGAGAGAUUGUGGAAGAAAACGACAUUGUUCUGUCGCAAAUACAUUUAACACAUAUGCUUUCUUAAGUUACAAUACAUACAUUGAAAUUAGACACAAACGUUAAAAUAAAUUUAAUUGCUACAUUGCGUUUUGGGGAAGGAGCGGAGAUUCCAAAUAUGAAAAACCGUGUGAUUUUAAAGGUCACAUUCAUCGAGUUAUAAUAACCCAUUGAUUUCAACAUUAUUAUUUACCUCUCAAUACGUAUUGAAUUCAGUCCCGUAUAGGAAGCAAGCCAAGCAGUUUUUACAGAUUUGUUUCGAUGAAUAGCCUCAGUCAAGAUAAUUAAGCUGUGUCAAAUUUGUUCAGAUCAAUUAAGAAAAAUUGAUAAUCUAUUUUCUUAUAGUCAACCAUUGUUUUGUGUGCAUAGCUUACGAAUCGGUUGGCAAUUAGAUGUAAUACACACCGAAGAUGCACGCGUACCAUCUUGCUUUAUUGAACAUGAUAUAAUGUUCAUUUUAAAGAACGUUAACAUUUAACAUGAUAUAUCUAACAUAUGUUUACGGUUUAUACGUUUGUAAGUAACAUUGACUAAUACGAUGGACAGACAAUAAAACAGAGAUUGAAAUUA